AUGCUACUCCUGCCACUAUUGCUCGCUUUUGCUACUACCAUUUUUUGCUCGCCUUUACAUUCGGGACAAACGGUCAAUGAAGCUGCUGAAUUGGCACGGCGCGUUGUCAAAGAUGCUGGGAUUGGUACCAUUUUAACAUUGGUGGAUGAAUCGAUACAGCCGAAUGUGGGAGGUCAUCCUUUUGGUAUCAUGGAAUACUACAGUGGUGACUGGUCCGAUAAAGGAAAUCUUUUGCUUUUUAUGUCAGAUCUACAGAUGAGUGCAAGAAAUAUGCAGCACGAGCCAUCCAAGGUGGGGUUUACAAUCCGUGCUUUGAAAGAAUACGAUAAUCCAAAGAUGGGUAAUGAAACGACACCUGUGCAAUCACCUCGGCUCACACUACUUGGUGAGAUUGCACCUAUUCCUCCAAGCCAGUACGAUGACGCCAUGGAUUGCUUUGGAGCGAAGCAUCCCGAGGCAAAAGAUUGGCGUUCUUUCCACGACUUUCAUUUCUAUGAGCUGGAAGUGAAGGAAAUCUAUUACGUUGGUGGAUUUGGAGGACUCAAUUACAUUGGAUGGAUCCCACGCGAAUUGUAUCAGGGCAGUGGGGAAGCCAAAAAAGACACACGCUUUCGAUUACAGUAUUAG